GGUUCCUUUUUGGGCGAGAGGGGAAGUUUCGCCCCACAAAAACCGAAUCCUUUUGUUUGGAUUUAGACCUCUUCUUGCUGAGGCUAUUGUCACAUUGUAAGGGCUGCUCUCCUGAAGCUUUAGUUAGACUUGGUAGUGUACCAUUCUGUCUCUGGGGUCCUUUUUACUCAACAUAUAUGUCAUCCAAAAGAUCUUGGGAUCAACCAGUGUGUUUUUUCCCCUGAGAGGAAGACUGGUCGCGCGCAGCCAUUUGGGGGCUCCGUGAGGAUUGGACGUUUCUUGCACUCUUUUGGACAGACUCACAAGGCCGAAACAGAAAUCAAGAAUGAUGACAACACAAUCAACCAGCGAUCCAUCCUCACAAAGCUUUGUCACAGCGGACUAUGUGGUCUUUGCUGCAAUGCCCAUGAUCUCCAUGGCCAUAGGACUCUAUCAGGCCCUGAAGAAGCAGCCAGACAGUGCAAACACUGACGACUUCUUCACCGGCGGUCGCAGUUUGCCAGCGGUGCCCGUCGGACUCUCCCUCUGCGCCAGCUUUAUGUCGGCCGUCCAGGUUUUGGGAGUUCCAUCAGAAGCUUUUCGCUUUGGCUUCAAAUUCCUCUACAUGUGCCUCGGCCAGAGCAUCAACUCUCUGCUGACAGCCUACCUGUUCCUGCCCGUUUUCUUCCGCCUUCGUAUAAAAAGCACCAAUCAGUAUCUGAAGAUUAGGUUUGGAAGAGGGAUGCAGCUGCUCGGCAGUGUCCAGUUUCUCGUGGCCACAGUGCUUUACACAGGCGUUGUCAUCUAUGCACCAGCACUGAUCCUCAAACAAGCUACUGGACUCAAUUUGUGGCUGUCUAUUUUCUCGACUGGAAUCAUCUGCACCCUGUACACAACACUGGGGGGCAUAAAAGCUGUGAUCUGGACCGAUGUGUUCCAGAUCAUUGUCAUGCUUUCAGGCUUUGUGGCCAUUUUCGUCCACGGCACACUUCUUGUUGGUGGUCCCGGAGUGGUACUGGAAAUUGCCAACAACGGAUCGCGGCUUAAUUUUAACGAUUUUGACUUCGAUCCACGACGACGUUACACCUUCUGGAGCUUGUCUGUGGGGGGUGCACUUGUUUGGCUGUCCAUGUAUGGAGUGAACCAAGCUCAAGUGCAGCGUUACAUCUCCUGUCGAACGGAGAAAGACGCCCAGUGGGCAAUAUUUGUCAACCAGUUGGGCCUUUACCUAAUUGUGAGCAGUGCAGUAGCCUGCGGCAUCGUCAUGUUUGCUUAUUAUAUCAACUGCGAUCCACUGAAGUCCGGCAUAUUGUCUUCACCUGAUCUAUACGUGCCAUACUUCGUGUUGGAUAUAUUCAGGAACUAUCCUGGCUUUCCGGGUCUUUUCCUGGCCUGCGCAUACAGCGGCACGUUGAGCACAGUUUCCACGAGUAUCAACGCGAUGGCUGCGGUGACAAUGGAGGACGUCUUACUACCUCAUCUGCUCCACAUGAACCAGAAGAAGCAGAUCCUUCUUUCCAAAGGACUAUCCCUCAUCUAUGGAGCUGCAUGCAUACUUAUAGCCGCGCUAUCCUCUCUGCUGGACUGGGGAGUUCUUCAGGGGUCUUUUACUGUCAUGACUGUAAUCAGUGGUCCAUUACUGGGCGUGUUCAUCUUGGGGAUGUUUGUUCCUGCAACAAACAGACUGGGGGCAUUCUCAGGAUUAUUAUUGGGUUUCUGUGCAUCUCUGUGGCUGGCUGUUGGUUCUAUUCUCUACCCGCCCAGCGAGGCGACCAUGGGUGUGCUGCCAAGUUACGUGGACCAGUGUGAACCUGGAAUCCUGAAUGACACUCAACAUCAUCUGCACUCCAUCUCAACACCACUUCUCCCCAACAACCCCAGGGGCCUGCAUGAUUUCUACGCCAUAUCCUAUCUCUAUUUUGGUGUCGUGGGAACAAGUGUGGCUGUCCUGGUUGGGAUAUUUGUGAGCUUUGCAUCAGGACCAACAAAGAGAGCUGAUCUUAAAGAUGGUUUAUUGUGGUGGGACCUGGGUAAAAAGCAGGAGGACCCCCCGGCAGAAUGCAAGGGUCCACAAAGUCUACAGCUUGUGCCUUUGAACGAAGCGGCACACGCAUGAUGAAAAUGAUGCAUAACCAAGUUGAAAAAGGUUUGGAAUAUUAAGGCCCCGAUCUCCAACUGUAGCAAGAUAUGUUGUUCCAAGUAAAGUUCUUAUUUAUCAUGUGAGUUUCUUUAACAGGCCAGUUCUACAAAAUAUAGUUAUCAGAAAAAAAUGUUGAUUUUAUUACAACUGAAUAAUAAAAGAUUUUGUGUCUGUUA